AUGCCGCAAGAUUACAAAAACAUCCCCACCCCGGAGAGGUGCUAUGUGGACUUUUGUCUUAUUCCGGUUGGAACAGGCAGCGCAUCCGUUUCGCGUGAGGUUGCGGAAGUGCAGAAGCUCCUGAAAGCUAGCGGCCUGCACCAUACGAUGCACUCUGCAGGCACAACAGUUGAAGGGAGCUGGGAUGAAGUCAUGAAAGUGAUUGGCCAGGCUCAUUCUCUUGUGCAUCGGCUUGGAGCAGUGAGAGUACAGACCUCCAUGAGGGCAGGCACAAGAACCGAUAAGGUGCAAACAGCCGAGCAGAAGGUGCAGAAAGUGAGAGAGCUGUUGGCGGAGGAUGCUCAUAUGCAAAGGAGAGCCAGCCUGGAGGAUUGCGAAUAA